AUGCGACGACUGGCGCAGCUAGCUAAGGCUCGUAUCAGGCUACAGCGCAAUUUCCUAAUCCGACAGCAACAGAAAGAGCUACCGCUCAAUCCCUGGUUCACGGCGGUGGCGUUUUUCGAAGAGCUCUGCUAUACCUACGAAGCGUACAAAAACUACCUCCAAUCACGCCCAACUGAGGCCAGCGAUGAGAUUAAAGAAUUGCUCGACACGCUCGACCGCCAGGUGGAGCUGAUCAAAGCGGAAAUCGACGAACCCCGCCGGUUGAUCAUGAGCGGCUUUGCCCUAGAAUUGGCGCGUUUAGCCGCCGACGAAGGCGAAGCCAUUGCUCACCAGCAAGCGGAAGGUGUUGAUGACUCUGACACUGGCGAGUCCUCGGUGAUAGCUCAUCCGUCGGAGAUCAUCGAGGUAUCGGACUCCGAUGACGAUGACAUCAAAACCGCCACUUACGAAGGAGGACACGGUUCUGGCACUCACCGGCGCCGAACGCCAAUCUACGAAGUACUACUGGAUGACGACGAAGACACCCUCAAUGAUAAUAAUGGCACUAUCGACGGCAAGCCACCAGUGACCCAAGAUGAAGAUUUUAACGCUCUAUGUCAGCAAUGGAAGCUGGAACUUCGGCGCCACAAACCACAAACUAAUAACGGCGCCAAUAACGGCACCAAUAACGGCGCCAAUAACGGCACCAAUAACGGCACCAAUAACGGCGCCAAUAACGGCGCCAAUAACGGCACCCAACAGAAACGCAGACAACCCACAAAGAACAAGACAUCAAAGCCAGCGCUGGCCGCUGGUGCUCAUCGCAUACCCUACAUCCAUGUGUUCCGGGUGGCGCCGCCGAAACCGAGAAAGACUGGCGCCGCACGUGAGUCUGCCAGGCCCGUGGUCACUAAGCCAGCUGUCAAACGGCGCCGUCUCCCGAACGGCCCCGCGGGGAUACCUGCCCACGCGUCGCUGUUCCAUCUGUGGUUCUCGCAAUCCCCGCCUCCUGAGUCCCACCCUAACGGCCUUGUCGAGUGGACCGAGGUGCCGUGGACGAGUGACCACGAGCAGAUCGUCAUCCGUCACUUCCAAGAGAAAUCGUUGACGGUGGCCCAGGCGUCGAUCGUCAACGAGUUUGCCGAUAAGGGCAUCGUCAUCCCGCCGCUGUUGGUGGGGUACCUCGCCUACCACUACGGGUUUCUCGAGCUCGACGGCAUCAGCAGUGACAGUCUCAUGCUGGCGUUUGACUACGCCUACGAGUGCCGCGAGAUGGUGCACCCGUUUGACCGCCACGUCGCCGAGGUCAGAGACGACAUCCACGGCCUCCUCGACGUGGCGUUGCUGGAGCAGUUUGUUCGGUGGGGGUGCCACUUCCGGUUCCACACCCGCCAGCUGGCCGACGACGUCGUCCUCAUCAAUUAG